UUGAAACUAUGGCGUGUUUUCUCAUAGUUCGAAAAUGUUACCCGUUUCUAGUUUUGUUAGGUGCUAUUUGCGUGGGCGCUGUUUCGAAAAGACAAAAAAAUUUAAGAUUGCAACAAUUUGACGAGAACUGCGACGGAGCAGACGUCAGCACGUAUGCCGCACACUUUAGAAGUAACGAACUCAAAUUGGCUAACAAUAAAUACAAUCUCAACUUUGAAAUUGAAAUCGCCAGAGACUGGCCGAAGGAUUUUAAAAUCCAGAUCGAUUUGGUUAGAUGCAGACACAGAGAUUCACCAAACACUUGCGAAAAAUACCAAAGCAUCACCAUACCGUAUUUCUGCAAGUUGCUAAAUAUGGCGGAAAAACCGUGGACACCCAUAUUCUCCGUUAUGGCACCGAAAAUAGUAUGUCCUAUCAAAAAGGGUAGUAAAUACAGAACAAGAAAUAACACUUCGGUAGAUACAAAAGCAUUUGCCAGUUUGCCAAUGAUCGGAAAUUAUCACUGGAUAGCAACUUCGAAGUCCAUGGAUCAAACAACCAACGAAUUGUUGCAUUGUGUCAGAACCGCAGGUCAAUUAAUUUACGUGAAUUAAACAUAUUUUGGUUGUUAAAAUGCCAAUGUCAAUAAAUAUAUUAGUGUAACAAGCAAU